UAUAACCUCACUUUAUUAACGAUAACGACAAUUCUACAAAAAUAAAAUACAAAUAAUAAUAUCAGUAGUUCGCGGCAAAGUUUUAAUUAUUUUCUGAUUUUAUUAGAACUAAUUAUGCCGCUGGAAGUGCAAGGAACAUUCGUUUCACAGAAAAUUAGUAAAAUAAGAUGGAUAGCUGAAGAUUAUGUGGAAACGAAGUGCUUUUUUACCGGUAGCUGGGAUGACGAUCAAAACUCUAUUAAAGUUUGGACCUUAGAAAGUCCUCAUGAAGAGGAGGAAGUAGAAUACCCUCGCCAGCUAUCCGAGUACCUUGUAGACGGUGACGUCACGCAAAUUAAGUUUACAGAGAAGAACAAGAUCGCUGUUUCCUUAUCGAACGGUGAUGUGAGAGUGCUGGAAGUAAGUCUGUACGACAAACAGUUUCCCUUAAAAGAAGUAUUCCACUGGAAGAAGUUACACAACUAUGGUGCGGAGCAGUGUUCCUGCACAUCACUCGACACCCUGGAAGGUGACAUAGCCACUAUUGGAGAGGAUGGCAAUGUGAACAUACUGAGUGGCAGGAGGGGAGAGGUGAUGCAUACCAUCAAGGGAGCUGACAGCUGCUCCCUACAUUCCAUCUGUUUUAUUAAGCAUACUGAGGUUAUUACUGGCAAUGUGAGAGGACACAUGAAGAUAUGGGAUGUAAGAUCUACAAACAACAAGCCAUCAGCCGCAUUUCUACUCGCAGGGGAUGAGUUAGCCGCUACCUGUAUCAUCCACCACCCAACACAACCACAUAUUAUCCUCGCAGGGAGUGAAUCUGGAGCCCUCGCAGUCUGGGACCUGCGAAUGAACUCCUUCCCUACAUCCCUAGUGAACGCACAUUCCGCUGGAGUCUCAGAAAUGCAGUUCCAUCCAGAAAACCCUCACAAACUCCUUACAUGUUCAGUAUCUGGAGAAUUAUGGGAGUGGAACAUGGAAGCCAUGACCAAGAGUUCCAAAGGCCCUGAUGGUCAGGUGAUGUGGAUGCCGUUACAAGAUAAGAAGUCAAUGAUGGUGAACUCCUUGAUACCAGCUCUGCAUAAAUCCAUUAACAGCUUACACUGUGACAAAGGCCGGAUUCUUUGUGGAGCCGAUAAUGAAGCUAUUUAUCUGAUUAAAAACUUUAAGUAUUAAAUACUGAACUUGAAGAAAAUCUAUUUUGAAAUUUGUGAUACAUAAUGAAUAAAAGGAAGUUGUUAAUGUUUGAAUCCUUGAGGUCUUUGGAGUAAGAAACUUAACUGCAGGCAGGGACCAUUUGUUCUAUGUAAAAGAGAGUAACUACUUAAUCAACUGUGUUUGGAAUAUCAGACCAUGUGAGUAUCUACUGAGUUUGUGUGAAAGCAUUAUGUUCAGUUACAUUUAUUAAGUCAAGUCUGCUUACUUAAGUGAACCAUAGGAGGUAGGUAACUAAGUUAUUUGAUACAUUUGAAAUAAUAAAAGAUUGGUAUAAGUAA